UGAAGGAAUUGUCAACAAAUGUCGUAUUUAAAUUUCAUCAAUAACAUCUAAAAUAGCAUCAUGUAAAACAUCCCAAAAUUCUAUUAAAACAAGUAAAAUUAUGAAAUUGAUUCUAUGCUCAGUAACUUUCUUAACUAUACUUCAACUUAUUUUUGCACAACACAAACAGUCAUGUCACAGUCCGGUUUACUGCCAAGGAGAUCUUCUUCACGUAGUGCAAACUGCAAAAAUAUUCAACGAUUCAAAAACAUUCGUGGAUAUGGUAAUGAUUAAUCCUGUUAACGAAACUCUACAGAAAUUCCAAACUAUGAUGAAUGAAAACGAUGACAAUCCAUCUAGGGAUCAGAUACAAAAAUUCGUUUUCGAAAAUUUCAAGUCUAUCGGCGAAUUGGAAGAAUGGUUUCCACGAGAUUUUAAAAAAGAACCGAAAAUCAUUAAAGAAAUUCAGGAUCCAGUGAUACGUGUGUUCGCACAAAAUAUUAUUAAUAUAUGGCCAACUUUAACGAGGAAAGUUUCGUAUCAUGUUUUCGAUCAUCCAGAAACUCACUCGUUGAUCCCAGUUGAGCAUCCUUUCAUUAUCCCAGGCGGAAGGUUCAAAGAAUACUAUUAUUGGGAUUCAUAUUGGAUCUUGAAAGGACUACUCCUUAGUGAUAUGUUGGAAACAGCGAAGGGCUUAGUUCAAAACUUACUCUCUAUGGUUGAAAGGUUUGGUUUUAUACCCAAUGGGGGUAGAAUAUAUUAUUUGAAUAGAUCCCAACCACCACUUUUAAGCCUUAUGGUAGCCGAUUACGUAAAAUUUUCUAAAGACUUUGAGUUCAUUAGACAAAAUAUAAACACUCUAGACAAAGAAAUACAGUUUUGGUUAAAUAAAAGACUCGCUAAGAUAACCAAAGACGGAAAACAGUACGAACUAGCUCAUUACGAUUCAGAAAGUGAUACUCCCAGACCCGAAUCAUAUUUAGAAGAUAUUGAAACUUGCUUACUAUUGAAAUCUGAGGAAGAAAGGUAUGAAUGUUACACGGAUUUAAAAGGAGGCGCUGAAAGCGGUUGGGACUUCAGUAGCCGAUGGCUUUUUGACAAAAAAGGUUACCCAACGGGAAAUCUAACUUAUAUUAAUACAAGAAGGAACAUCCCCGCAGAUUUGAAUGCAUUUCUCUACAAAGCGUUCAAUGUAAUGUACAAAUUCAAUCUUAUAUUGCAAAAUGACCAAAUGGCGAAAUUUUAUCUUGAUUGCAUGGAACGUUGGAAAUUAGCUAUAGAAAAUAUUCUCUGGAAUGAGGAAGAUGGCACUUGGUACGACUAUGACUUGAAACUUGAAAAACAACGAAAAUAUUAUUUCGCAAGCAAUUUAACCCCUCUCUGGGCAGGGGCGUUCGAUGAAAGUCAAAGAUUGGAGAAAGGUCGAAGAUCAGUGAAAUAUUUAAAGAAAAUGGGAAUUGAUCAAUACCGAGGAGGUAUUCCUACAUCACUCUUUCCCACUGGUCAACAAUGGGACUUUCCAAACGCUUGGUCACCUUACCAAAAUUUAAUUAUUAUAGGUUUGGAAAAAAGUGGAGAUCCUGAAGCACAAGAAUUAGCUGAACACUUGGCUCAUAUAUGGGUUAACUCAAACAUUAAAGCUUUUCACGAAAACAAAGUUAUGUUUGAAAAAUACAGCGCAGAAAGUAGCGGUCAUUUUGGUGGAGGUGGUGAAUAUCAUAUCCAAGCGGGUUUUGGUUGGAGUAACGGUUGUAUUUUGGAACUCAUACAUCUCUACUUUAGAGCUAAGACAAGAAAAUAUAUUGGGUUCCACUAGAGCAUAAAAAACAUCAUAAAAUAAUACCUCACAUAGAAUAAUAUAUAUAAAUAUUUUACGUUCAAUUAUUUUGACUUAAAAUUAACUUCAGUUGGACUCUUUGCAACUUCCAUUUACAAAGCAAGUAAAAUAUUAAUACAAUAAAAAAUUUCAAUUCGAGAUUCGUCUGCUUUGAUUUGGUUCAUUAGUGUCCAGAAAGUUCAGUCUUGAUUUGUUUGAUACCUGAAUUGAAGGUGACUGUUACAAAAUUGUGGAGGAAAAUUUAGUGCUCAUUUUACAGUUGUAGCAGUGUGACCUUCAACUAUUUUCAGCUGGAGAUUUUGUAGCCCGCAAAGCAUCGAAUUUAAAACUCAAAAUAACUGGUUCUCAAUCCGGAACUUUUUCUUAUCAACCUAUUUUAAAUUGAAACUGAUAUUCACAGAAGAAAUAUCUGGGCUGUUAUAUGAUAACCAUAAUUUCAUCUCAACGUCCCUUUAAAUGCAUCUAUUUGUUUGGGAAUAGUAUUUCAAACAUACUAGAUGUAUCUACUGGUGGAAGUGGUUGUAGUUUAUCACCAAAAGUCAGGAUUUGUGGUUCAAUUAUAAAACAAGCUAAGGUUGUACUCAUGCAAAAUGUUUUUCUGCUUGCAACCACAUGCUAUGUACGCUAUAUCUAACUUGCUAACUGACCUGUGGGUGAUUUUUUUAUCUGUAACGCCUGCUAACGAAUAAAAUGGUAUAGUGUAGGAUCUGUAGCUCUUUUACGGUCAGUAUCUUUCUAUAACACAUUAAUUCCUACAACACGUGAUAAUUCAGAUCUAAAUAUAGCAGUUUAGGUCAAACUAUUAUUUUAUUUAUGUCUGGUGUAAAAUUUUAAAUUGUGAUGCUUUAUAUCUGGAUCAAGUAUACCAACGUUUCUCUAAUGCACCCAAAUAAUGUUCUGUUAUAUAUUUGAAUGAGUACUGUUGAUCUUGCUACGAAUUUUCUUUCGAAAAUAAAUUAGAAGUACAAAUUUUUAUACCAAUUAGUAAUCACUGCCUAUUUUUUUUUAAAUAAAAUAAAUCCUUUACUCUAGAGUCUCCAUAUCAUUUAAUCUUUGGCUUUUUAUAACCUCGACAGAUUUUUGUAGAAAAAUAUAAAAUACAUUUCAUAACUAAUAAUGCACUACGAAAAUUGAAGUAUAAACCAUGCAUUCAGAAUUACUCAGGUACGCUUACGACAGGUGUGUAGUCUUGUUUUAAUCAAUUGGCUUAGGUUUUGUGGGACAUUCUUCAUUUUGCAAAAGGCAAUAUUGAUUCAACUUGUAGAGGUUUUCUUUAAUUGGAUGAAUCAAAGUACCAUACAAUUCCUCAACUGUGUGUUCAUAAUAAAUAUCAUGUAUAGAUGAAGUUAUAAAAUCUUCUAAUUUCUCAAUUUCGCUUAAGAGCCUGGAAAUAAAUAAACUACCUUUCAAUUUUUAGUUUAUGACAUCGUAGAAAUAUGUGAUUAUACACUCCUCGGCAAAUUUAUUUAAUCAUUUCGAUUAUUUAAUCUUAAGGAAUAUUUGAGAAAACAAUCACUUUAUGGAAUUGAUACUCCACAAAUAUAAAAUUAAUGUAUUUUUUAAUCUCAUUCAUUAUUGUAAGAACACGAUUUCCAAUACUCAAACCAAUGAAAAUUCUAAAUUUAUGACUUUUAAUUUAACUAUUCUAUAGGUACACGUAUUAAUAAAUAUGGUUUAAUUUUUAAAAAAUCCUCAAUUAUGAGAGGCCGGAUAAGGACAAGGUUUCAAUAAUAUCGAAUAUUUGAAUACUUUUCAAAACGUGAUUAAGAAUAAUAGUAGACAGAAUAAAUGACACAAUUAUAUUCAUGACUUCAUGAUAACUAAAGCUGUAAUCAAUUCUUGUCUAAUUUUUAUUAAGAAAAGUCAUUUUGUUGAUAUUACAUUAUGGUAGUACAGUAGUGCCAGAACUAGUCAGUCAAUAGCAAAAGGACUUGUAUUUAUUAAAUUAGGAAGGAUGCUAUUAAAUUAAAAAUAUUAUACUCGUGAUUAUAUAUUCGUUUAUUUAAUUAAUAAAUAAUAAUUUAUUUAAUUGCAGCUUGAUUAUAUCUUAUAUAGUCCACUCAUUUUAUCUGCGGAAAAAUUCCUAGUGAGUUGAAUUUUUGUAUACACCUUUAUUAACGUGUUGUAAUGAAGCUAUGAAGAAACGACAUCGAUACAGGCUAAAAAGUUAUAAAUAUGGAGUGUAGAGAAGGAGGAACAUCUCUUAUGGACGGUACGUUUAAAAUAUGGUCUGAAUUCUGUAGGGAUAAUACGUGGCGCUGAUUGUACUAUGGGAUUGAGAUCUGAAGUUAAACACUUAAACACCCUGUAUAAGAAAUUAUCAAAGUUGUGACUGACGUUUGAUUAUAUUCAUGUGAAAAGCUGUGCAAUCCUUAAUAUCUUAUUAGAUUUUUAUUUUUUAUUAAGAACUUGAUAUAUUUCUGUACCUGCUUGCAUAAGCUAAUUACCAAUGAUAUUUUAACAAAACUAUAAUUAUUAUAUUUGUUGCGGAUAGAGUUCAAUAUUUUAUUUCUAUGAACCAAAAUGUUUUAUUUUCAAUUAUUUUAUUAUUCUUAUUGAUAUUUUUAUAUGAGUAUAACUAUUAUAUUAGUUGCUAAUGAAGUUCAAUAUUUUAUUUUUAUGAACCGAAAUAUUUUUUUUAUUAUUCUAUUAUUUUUAUUGAUCUAAUUAUAUCGCUAUAAUUAUUAUAUUAGUUACGGAUAAAAUUCAAUAUUUUAUUUUAAUCAACCAAAAUGUUUUUUUUAUACUAUUUCAUUAUUGUUACAUGAUUCUACUUUUUUUUCAUAUUAGAAUAUAUGUAUUAUCUAAACCAAAUAAAUAGCUAAAUAAUAUAGUUAAUUUAACGAGA